AUGGCGAGUGAAAGCCAACGAGAAGAAAAUUCCAAUAGGCAGAAUGAUGGUGGUGUUCCAAGAGUUGAUUUUAAUUUGAUGAUUAAUGAUGAACCUGCUAAGAAACCACAUCGUAGAAUUCCUAAUCGUUCUUUUACGCAGCCUGGAUAUGAAAAUGGUAAAGCACCUCUUGAUAGUGUUUUUGAAUCUAUUUCGGAAGGUACUGCCUUGUUAAGCGGUGAACCAUCUCAAAACUACAGUCAUUUUAAUACUCAUUCCUCUAUAUCUGAGGAUAAUAAUCUCAGUGGUGCUUAUGAUGAAGAUGAAGAUAGACAUGCAAUCGUUCGUGAGGGUGGUGGUAUUCGUGUUUGGUAUGACGAUUAUACAACAAUUGAUUGGAUUCAUGAUUAUGUCAAAGAACGCGUUCGUAUUCGUAAAAUUCACUCGGUUAAAGGUGUUCGUG